UCAGGUCCUGACUUCUCCAUGGUCAAAGAAAUUCUGUAUGAAGGAUUUUUAUAAAAUAUUCUGGGAGAAGAAUUUAGAAAUGGAUUUGUCACACGUCAUCACCUAUUUCAGGAUACAACUUGAUCUUGAUAUUUUUGUUUUUUUGUCUUGCUGUUGUUUAUAGUCUUUAAACUUCUGGUAUCUGGAAUGGAAAUUGUGACCUGGAUCUUCUCUACAAUAGCUAGUAGUGGUGGGAUUGAGUGUCUGGACUUAUAUCCUGGUUAUUCUACUUUGAAGAUGUUUUUGCCUCCAAAUUCCUGAGAGCCUAACGGUCUGUAUCAGUGAUUUGCAGGGAUUAGCCACCGAGAAGUUGGGUUUCCCCUGUAGGGGCAGGUGCUCUGCUUGUAGUCUAGAGAUACAGAAAGGGGCAGUGAAGGAUAGUCCUGAACCUGGAUGUACUUGAUUGUCACGAUCCUACUUCUCAAAUUGAAUCAAGAGGAGUCAACUAGUCACAGCCACAGUGCAGCACCAGAGGCCAGAAAAAUUAGUUCCAGGUGGUGUACGAGGAGGAUGGCAUUAGAUUGCAAUGAGAUGAAUGGACAGGAAGGUAGCAGUAGAUCUACUGAAGAAUCUGAAGGAGUGUAUGAGCAAGGAAGAAUUCAAGAGGGGAGGGAAGAAAUAGAGGAAACACCUGACCCCACCCAUAAACAGGUCACACCCCAUACGAGAGAAGACCAGUCAGAAGACCAGCCUUCUUCAGGGAUAUCAAGAGUCAAAGAGAGCGUACAGCAGAUAUGCCUGAUAAGUUACACGAUUCUCCAACUGCUGUACAUUUAUAUGUUGGAAGACCCAGAUGUUGUGGAGUUGCUGCUGCAGCUCUUGACCCAACUUUGGCGUUUCAUCAAGUGGUCAUUCGUAAUAGUUACAGACAUACUAGAGCGCACUGUUCUGUACCAUGUUGAUCACAUUCGAUUGUCUCCAUCCUUGUCUCGUUUUGCAAAGAAAAUUUUCUGCCAACAGAAAUCGUACAGGUCUCUCAAUAUGCAGUGGUAUGUCCAUCCGAGGCGGUCCAUCCUACCUCCGAGUCGGCGGCUUCCAACACUGUCGUCUCAUUUAAACGUUAAGUACUCUGAGCAGUUCACUUUCAUUAAAUUCUUUCAUAAGUAUUUGACUCGUUGCUCUGCCACUCCUCAUCACCCCCAUAAUGGCUAUUAGCAUUGCCUCUUAUAACGUUAAGGGCUGCAACUCACCUUCUAAGCGGAGCCAGAUUUUUGGGAUGUUGAGGAGAGACAAAGUGAACGUAAUCUUUUUACAAGAAACACAUUUUAAGUCCCAACACUUCCCCAAUUUAUCCUUCUCAUUUUAUCCUACGUGGUUUCAUUGUGGUUCCCCCAAGUCAAACUCUAAAGGAGUCAGUAUCGGCUUCCAGAGCAAGAUACCCUUCAUCUUAGAUGAUCAGCUAUGUGACCCGGAAGGUCGUUUUAUUAUGAUUAAGGGCAAGAUAGGCCAACACCUAUAUACCUUUAUAAAUAUCUACGCUCCAAACAAGCGUCAGAUAUCCUGGCUCAAGUCAAUUCUACUAAAAAUAGAGUCUUUUAGGGAUGGCAUUACAGUAGUUGGGGGGGAUUUUAACCUAGUCAUAAACCCCUUCAUUGACUCCUCCUCACACAAAUCAGCCCAAUCCCAAAAGGGAAUCCGUUCUCUAUUAAAGUCACUAGCCAAGGCCCACCUAAUAGAUGUCUGGCGCACCAUGUAUCCGGAUUCUAGAGAUUACACUUUCUAUUCAUCACUACACAGAUCGUAUCAACGUCUAGAUCAUUUAUUCAUCUCAAAGGAACAUCUCCAUUUAUGCUCUAGAGCUGAUAUAGGAUCUAUAAUCCUCUCGGAUCAUGCCCCCAUAUAUUUACAUAUGAAAUCUCCCCUUAACCAUAAACCCUCCAGUCAUUGGCGAUUCAAUGAGCAACUCACCAAUCUACCAGCCACUAAAUCUAAACUAAAAGACCUUCUUGAAGAAUAUUUUAAAACAAACUGUACUCCUGAGGUUUCGCCUCAAACAAUUUGGGAUGCCCAUAAAGCAUUUAUAAGGGGCCACUGUAUCAGUUUAGGGGCCCAUCUCAAAAAAGAGAGACAAAAACAGUUAGACGCCCUAUAUGAAAAAAUUAGUCACCUGGAGAGUGUCCACAAAAAAUCCCAAUUAGAAUCACACUUAAUGGAACUCUCUUCAUGUAGGGCUGCUAUCAAAAAUCUGUUAAACACGGCCUCUGCCAAACUUUACCUACAUUCACAAUAUAAAAUAUUUGCCCACGGAAAUAAAGCUUCUCGAUAUAUGAUGUCCAGACUUAAACGUAGAAAACUAAAUAAUUACAUACAUAAACUAAAGACCCCAGAGGGUGCUCUAACCUUUGAACCAAGUAAAAUUGCUUCAUUAUUUAGAGACUAUUACGAAUCUCUUUAUAAUAUUAAUCCAAUGCAAUCUUCCUCCGAUGAUACAGUGGUCCCGCCAUCUCUUACUUCAUAUUUUAGCGGUUUGGCCCUCUCCUCUCUCUCGGAACAGGAUAAAGCUCACUUAGCUUCACCAUUUUCUUCAGAUGAACUCCUACAAGCCAUCAAAAACUCCCCCAAAGGGAAAUGCCCAGGCCCGGAUGGGUUCCCCAUACCCUACUACUUGUCUUUUCAUGAAGUACUAAUCCCACAUCUUAUACCAGUAUACAAUAGCGCCCUGCGGGGUAUACCAUUAUCGACGGACAUGACCAAAGCUCACAUCACCUUAAUACCCAAGGAAGGUAAAGAUCAUUCUAUAUGUCCCAACUAUAGGCCCAUCUCUCUUCUCAAUAUUGAUUUAAAACUUCUAGCUAAGAUGCUCGCAAACAGAUUAUCAAAAUUUCUCCCCUCAUUAAUCCACAGAGACCAGGUAGGUUUCGUGAAAAAAAGAGAAGGGAAAGAUAACACGGCUCGUAUCCUCAACAUUAUACACUAUGUCAAGAGGAAAGGCAUACCUUUGGUCCUUCUCAGCACAGAUGCUGAGAAGGCAUUUGACAGAGUCAACUGGUCCUUCAUGUAUGCGGCGCUGCAAUCUCGUAAUUUCCCCCUCCCCUUUAUAGCAGCAAUAAAAGCAAUGUAUCAACAUGCCUCAGCUUCAGUAAGGGUCAACGAUACCCUGUCAAAUUCUUUUAGAAUUAGUAAUGGCACCCGACAAGGCUGCCCUCUAUCUCCCCUCCUGUUCGUUCUUGCCUUAGAACCUCUUCUACAGACUAUUCGGAUGGAUGUUGACAUAUUGGGAAUAAAUUUGGGAGACCAACAGCACAAAGUAGCCGCAUUCGCGGACGACUUGCUUUUAAUAAUAAGUAACCCCGAAAUGGCUCUCCCGAAAAUUUAUGACCAUUUUGAAACAUAUGGAUUACUUUCUAAUUUCAAGGUGAAUCACAAUAAAUCACUAAUAAUAUCCACAGGACUUAAAAAGUCUUUGAAAAGUCAGCUAGAAGCGUGUUCGCCAUUUAACUGGUCCUCUCCUUAUCUAACCUAUCUAGGCAUCAAAAUGAGUACAGAUCCCAAUCAACUCUUUAACCUGAACUAUAUCCCUCUCCAAAAUAAAUUGGAGGAAGAUUUAACUUCUCUUGAUAUCCCUAUACUCUCGUGGUUCGGGAGGAAAAACAUAUUAAUGUCGCUCAUCAUCCCUAAACUUACCUACCUCCAACAAACCUUACCAAUCCCCGUUCCUUCCACAUAUUACUCUAAACUCAAGUCCAUGUUCCGUUCCUUUAUAUGGAACAAGAAAAAGGCCAGAACGUCUUACAAAUCUUUGUCUUAUCCGAGAGAGAGGGGAGGAAUAGCUUUACCAGACCCUGAACUCUAU